AUGAGCAGCGGGAGCGACAGCACCACCACCAGCAGGUGGCCGGAGCUCGCCACCCUGCGCGCGCUGGCGCGCGACGCCGCGGAGCAGCUGCAGCUGCAGCUGCCGCGCGUCGCCAUGUCGGCCUCGGCGGGUGCGGCAGGCGGGAGGGAGCCGACGAAGCGGCAGCCGGCGGGGUGGCGCGGGCGAGACCGAGAGGACCACGUCCACGGCCACGGCAAGACGGCCAAGGUGAUGCACCUGCUGCUCUGGGGACCCAAGUGA